AUGUCGUUCAACCUCUCAAAUGAGUUGCUCGACUUUGUCUACCUACUCUCCUCAUCUGACUCCGAGAUGGACAACGAUGGCAUCUUUGACGACCAGGACGAGGCUGGCCCCCUCGAGUUCCACGAUAGCCCAAACUCAGUGGAAGAAGUAGCAGGGGAGGAGGAAGAGGAACAAGAAGCAGAACAAGAAGAACAAGAAGAAGAAGGCUUGUUUGUAGAUGGUCGACAUGACAUUGAUCCUGCUGACGCUGAAUAUAUUCCACGAUGGAGCAGCCCGGAAGACAACUAUUUUGAGAAUAAUCAGCUUCUAGGUCAGGUGCGUCGUGGUGGCAAUGCUGAGAACCAAAGAGAUGAAUUAGUAGAGGUAGAGAUGAAUAUGAGAGCAGAACUGCCAGACGUAGGAGAGCGAGCAGAGCGGGCCCCUCAACUAAGUCGGAGACAAGGCCAGGCCGAAAUUCGAGCGCAGCAGCCUGAGGUAAUCGAUCUAACAGGCGACAAUGAAACCCCGCCUCGACCAACAUUUCGCCAACGGACUCUUAACGAACGUAGAAGACAAUCACAACAACGAACGCCUCCCCGGUUAGCCCGCAGCGACGCUGGUUAUAUGCACACGGCAACCGUAAUUGACCUCGUUUCCGACUCAGAUGAUGAGCCAGCCAUUGUGCAGCCUAACAUUCGUUACAACCCUCCGCAUAAUCAUCGCGCUCAUCGUGCUCAUCCGUACGCUGCACCUAGAGCACCGCAGCGACCUCAGAGUCCACCACCAGGCGCAUUUCCUCCAAACGCAUUCCAGCAAAUCAAUCGUUUAAUUCAACAAAUUCCCAUAUUUCGCAUGAUGAAUCAAGGGCCAGGCCACAUUCGAGACAAUCAUGACGAUGAACUCGUCUUGAUUGGUGACCGACAUCUGGCGGGUAAUGCGUUUGCAGGUAGGGCUGGACCAGAUAUGCCGCCGGUACGUCUAGAUUACAUUGCACAUCCAUUCGCGCAUCAGCAGCCAAUGGGACAAGGUGGCGCUUCUCCCAGACCUGCGCAUGAUCCACCAAAAGAAGCACGAGAAGGGUUUACCAGAAGUACUGGCGAGGAUGUGGUUGCCAUUUGCCCCAGCUGCGACCAAGAGUUAGCAUAUAACCCGGACGGGGACGACGAUACUUUGAGCGCUCCUGCCAAGAAACCCCGAACGAAGAAGGAUAAGGCUGAGCAUCACUUCUGGGUCGUAAAAGCCUGCGGACACGUCUAUUGCAAGAAGUGCUUCGACAACCGCAAGCCUGUAGGCAAGAACCCGAUGCCGGUGGGCUUUCGGCCAGACCCCAGCGGUACCAAAAAGGUGUUCUGUGCUGUGGACGAUUGCGACACGGAUGUGAGCACGAAGUCCUCCUGGGUUGGCAUCUUCAUGUGA